AUGGCUGCCAUAACUCCAGAAUCCGACUUGGCAGAUCGUCAGCCCCGAGUUGUCUCCCGACCGUCGACUGCGGUAUCCGUACCCAGUAAGAGAGGCGGGCCACUUUCUCGAGAUGUUAUUGAUAAUCCGAGAAAGGCUCCCAAAACCAGCCGCGCCUGCGAUGCGUGCAAGCUGAAGAAGACACGUUGUACUGGGACGAGACCUUGCGAUCGCUGUGUUCAGCGCAAUUUGCAUUGUAUUUACGAGGCAGCAUACUCAAGAGGCAAAGCACCAGAACCGCUUCCACGAGAGACGCCUUCGGUCGAGCCUCAUACCCAGGAUGCACUAGAAAGUCGCAUGGACCUCGAGUCGCACACUGGAGAGGUAUCAGGAUCUAUUACCACUAGGGAUUCCCCCGAGUUUGAACAUGCAGAGAUUGAGGGUCGGUACGUCGAUCCGACCUCUGCUCUUACAUUUUUGCAUCGAGCUCAGCGGCGCUUUCUCCAUCAAGCCAAUAACACGAAUCCCGGCGGACAUGGCCAACUGGUUGCGCGCCUAGACGGUGGCAGUGACCAUGAUGGCACGCAAACGAGCCCUCGGCGAGCAGCAGACUCGAUUAGCCUACCAGAAGACGCGCAAAACCUGGUAGAGUUCUACUUUGAAAACUGCGUAGUGACAUAUCGCAUGUUUCACCGGCAGAGUGUUGAAGGUUGGCUCAAUGCGAGUAUCAACCCCGUGGAUCCAGGGAUAUCUGCCGUGGCUCGGAUUGGCAAUGCCCGCACGGCAAUAUUACUCACCAUCAUGUCCAUCGCGACGCUGAGAUUGUCCAAGAUGACGAGUGGCAUGGGCGACGCUGAGUGGAACGCGGAUGCUCCCCGCCGCCUUGGCGAUCACUAUUUUGCUUCUGGCUCGUCACUUACAGAACGUGAAGCGGAGCAGCCAACGUUGGAAAUGGCACAAGCGUGGCUGGUCCAGGUCCUCUACCUCCUACAGACUGCGCGGAUGAACAAGGCCUGGUAUCGCCUGGGAUCCGCCUACCAAGUCGUCGCUGCGCUGGGUCUGCAUCGCCGCUCGGGUCGCAAACGUGACGAGCCUGCACGAUCGUCCCCGGCAUUCAUCAAUCUUCAGUGUGGCAGAAGAACGUUCUGGGUAGCUUAUACGAUUGACGCAUAUCUUAGUAUUGUGCUCGGCAGACCAAGAUAUUUUCAUGAUGAUGAUAUGAGUCAGACCCUCCCCGAUGCCCUGAACGACGAAGACAUGGGCUCAUCCAGUCUCAAUGAAUUGGACGAAGUGGCCGAGUAUGACUGCAACAUGGAUGCAGUCAUUGCACACUCACGGCUGGCCAUGAUCAUCAGUGACAUCUCACGCAAUGUGUAUACAGUCAAAAGCACACCGAAAGAAUUCCGCCUUGCUUCCGCCAAGAAGGCUGGCCAGGAGUUGAAAUCUUGGUAUGCCAACCUGGCACCUCAUUUGCGGUCUAUUCGGCCCUCUAGCCUGAUCCCAAGCCUGAGGCGGCAGGCCGUGGCGUUGAAGCUUGCAUACCAUCAUGCUCUGAUGCACGCAUAUCGCCCCUUUUUAUCCAGCAACGACGCCGAGGUUGAUGCCCAAGGCGGAAUUGCUGAAGACUGCCUCACUUCAUCCAAGAUUGUGCUACAAACGGCCGAUGCCAUGGCCAAAGAUAGUGCAGUGUUUCAUGCAUUCUGGUGGUCGUCAUACACAGUCUUUUGCGCCCUGACUAUUGUAUACGUCUGGGAGAUUCAACAGCGCACUGGCGGAUACGAAUUGACCGAAGAAAACCGCAAAGUCUUUGCCCUGGCGGAGAAAUGUCAUGGCUUGCUGGCGCAAUCCACGUCGCUCGACUCGCCGAAUCGACGCUAUGCCGUCAUUCUGGAAGAGCUCCGACAGGAAGCACAAAUCCAGCAUUCCGGAGCGACCCCGGCGACGGUAACCACAGCUCCCACGCCCACCGCCGUUAACACCUCGGUGGAUAUUGGCCUUUCACCACAUUCACCAAUGCCAAUGAUGGCACCUACCACAUCCAGCGUCUGUGAUAUGUCUCAGUCAUUCCAACAGUGGCAGCCAAUGAACUGGCUAGAGCUCGAUGCCUCGAGAACAAGGCUAAUCUCCAAGCUGCAGGCUUUUGUCCCUUAUCCAGAUCUUAAUGCUUCUAUCGAUGCAUAUUUGCAACCAGAUUUGAUGUAA